GGCGUGCCGCUGCCGUCGCUGCCGCCUCCGCUACCGCUAGUGGAAGAAGAUGGCGGAAGGCGGAGCGGCGGAUUUAGACAUCCAGCGGUCUGACAUCGCGACGCUGCUCAAAACCUCGCUCCGGAAAGGGGACACCUGGUACCUAGUCGAUAGUCGCUGGUUCAAACAGUGGAAAAAAUAUGUUGGAUUUGACAGUUGGGACAAAUACCAGAUGGGAGAUCAAAAUGUAUAUCCCGGACCCAUUGAUAACUCUGGGCUUCUUAAAGAUGGUGAUGCCCAGUCACUUAAGGAGCAUCUUAUUGAUGAAUUGGAUUACAUACUGUUGCCAACUGAGGGCUGGAAUAAACUUGUCAGCUGGUACACAUUGAUGGAAGGUCAGGAACCAAUAGCACGGAAGGUGGUUGAACAGGGUAUGUUUGUAAAGCACUGCAAAGUAGAAGUAUAUCUCACAGAAUUGAAGCUCUGUGAAAAUGGAAACAUGAACAAUGUUGUAACUCGAAGAUUUAGCAAAGCUGACACAAUAGAUACAAUUGAAAAGGAAAUAAGAAAAAUCUUCAAUAUUCCAGAUGAAAAGGAGACCAGAUUGUGGAACAAAUACAUGAGUAAUACAUUUGAACCACUGAAUAAACCAGACAGCACCAUUCAGGAUGCUGGUUUAUACCAAGGACAGGUGUUAGUGAUAGAACAGAAGAAUGAAGACGGAACAUGGCCAAGGGGUCCUUCUACUCCUAAGUCCCCAGGUGCAUCCAAUUUUUCAACUUUACCAAAGAUCUCUCCUUCAUCUCUAUCAAAUAAUUAUAACAACAUCAACAACAGAAAUGUGAAAAACUCAAAUUAUUGUCUCCCAUCAUAUACUGCUUAUAAGAACUAUGAUUAUUCAGAACCUGGAAGAAACAAUGAACAGCCCGGCCUCUGUGGCCUAAGUAACUUGGGAAAUACGUGUUUCAUGAACUCAGCUAUUCAGUGUUUGAGCAAUACACCUCCACUUACUGAAUAUUUCCUGAAUGAUAAGUAUCAAGAAGAACUGAAUUUUGACAAUCCCUUAGGAAUGAGAGGUGAAAUAGCUAAAUCUUAUGCUGAAUUGAUCAAGCAAAUGUGGUCUGGAAAAUUUAGCUAUGUCACACCAAGAGCCUUUAAGACACAGGUAGGACGUUUUGCACCUCAGUUCUCUGGAUACCAGCAACAAGACUGUCAGGAACUAUUAGCUUUCCUAUUAGAUGGACUACAUGAGGAUUUGAAUAGAAUUAGGAAAAAACCAUAUAUACAAUUAAAAGAUGCUGAUGGAAGACCAGAUAAGGUAGUUGCUGAAGAAGCCUGGGAAAACCAUUUAAAAAGAAAUGAUUCUAUCAUAGUAGAUAUAUUUCAUGGCCUUUUUAAAUCAACUUUAGUUUGUCCUGAAUGUGCUAAGAUUUCAGUAACAUUUGAUCCUUUUUGUUACUUGACACUUCCAUUGCCCAUGAAAAAGGAACGUACCUUGGAAGUUUAUUUAGUUAGAAUGGAUCCACUUACGAAACCUAUGCAGUACAAAGUGGUUGUCCCCAAAAUUGGAAACAUACUUGAUCUUUGUACAGCGUUGUCUGCUUUGUCAGGAGUACCUGCAGAUAAGAUGAUAGUUACUGAUAUAUACAAUCAUAGAUUUCACAGAAUAUUCGCAAUGGAUGAAAACCUUAGUAGUAUUAUGGAACGGGAUGAUAUUUAUGUGUUUGAGAUUAACAUCAAUAGAACAGAAGACACAGAGCAUGUGAUUAUUCCUGUUUGCCUGAGAGAAAAAUUUAGACACUCAAGUUACACCCACCAUACUGGUUCUUCACUUUUUGGUCAGCCUUUUCUUAUGGCUGUACCACGAAACAACACUGAAGAUAAACUCUAUAAUCUUCUGCUUGUGAGAAUGUGCCGAUAUGUCAAAAUAUCUACUGACACUGAAGAAACUGAAGGAUCCCUACACUGCUGUAAGGACCAAAAUAUUAAUGGGAAUGGCCCAAAUGGCAUACAUGAAGAGGGCUCACCAAGUGAAAUGGAAACAGAUGAGCCAGAUGAUGAAUCCAGCCAGGAUCAAGAACUUCCCUCUGAGAAUGAAAACAGUCAGUCUGAAGAUUCAGUUGGAGGAGAUAAUGAUUCUGAAAAUGGAUUAUGUACUGAGGAAACUUGCAAAGGUCAACUCAUGGGACACAAAAAACGAUUGUUUACAUUCCAGUUCAACAACUUAGGCAAUACUGAUAUCAACUACAUCAAAGAUGAUACCAGGCAUAUAAGAUUUGAUGAUAGGCAGCUUAGGCUAGAUGAAAGAUCUUUUCUUGCUUUGGAUUGGGAUCCUGAUUUGAAAAAAAGAUAUUUUGAUGAAAAUGCUGCUGAGGAUUUUGAAAAACAUGAAAGUGUGGAAUACAAACCUCCUAAAAAACCCUUUGUGAAAUUAAAAGAUUGCAUUGAGCUUUUUACAACAAAAGAAAAGCUGGGUGCUGAAGAUCCCUGGUAUUGUCCAAAUUGUAAAGAACAUCAGCAAGCCACAAAGAAAUUAGAUUUAUGGUCCCUGCCUCCAGUACUUGUGGUACACCUCAAGCGAUUUUCUUACAGUCGAUACAUGAGAGACAAGUUGGAUACCUUAGUUGAUUUUCCUAUCAAUGAUUUGGAUAUGUCGGAAUUCCUAAUUAAUCCAAAUGCAGGUCCUUGCCGCUAUAAUUUGAUUGCUGUUUCCAACCACUAUGGAGGGAUGGGAGGAGGACACUAUACUGCUUUCGCAAAAAAUAAAGAUGAUGGAAAAUGGUACUACUUUGAUGACAGUAGUGUCUCAACUGCAUCUGAAGACCAGAUUGUGUCCAAAGCAGCAUAUGUACUCUUCUACCAGAGGCAAGACACUUUCAGUGGAACUGGCUUUUUUCCUCUUGACCGAGAAACUAAAGGUGCUUCAGCUGCCACAGGCAUCCCAUUAGAAAGUGAUGAAGAUAGCAAUGAUAAUGACAAUGAUAUAGAAAACGAAAACUGUAUGCACACUAACUAAUGAAAGUCCUAGAAGCCAUAAAAGAGAGACUUUCCUGCUGGUGGUAUCAAAAUGAUGAAGUUACCCACCACAUUAAACAAAAGUCUGAGAUGGGGAGUUUCAGAUAACUGAAUGUAAAUCCUUUAUCAGAUUUUAACUUGUGCAGUACUUGAAGUGAAACACAAUGAAAACUUUAACAGAAAUUGUCUCUUAAUACAUUUACAGUCUUGUAUUUACAAGCUAAAUAUAUAUAGGAAAUCACAAAUAAAUCCCUUUUAAGUUUGCUGCUGUUUUGAUGAAUUAUGUUUUCUUUAAUUUUUUGGAUGUGAGUUAAUUGAUGACAAACGUUAAAUUUGUGGAUGUUGGUCAUUUAUUUUGCUCAAAUAAUAAUGCAAGAAAACUAUGGCUGAACUUAGUUUUUGGAUAAUCUAAUUCAUGUGCAUUAAGCUGCCACAUAUACUACUAUGAUAUUUAGCUGCGGUAUCCAUGUGGCAUAAAUACUGCAGUAGUAUUCUUGGAAAACCAAAUUUUCAAAUCUUUACCUGGUAGUCAAUUGUGGACCUGUUAUAAAACCAAAUCAUGGUACAAGAAAUAAUCUUGAAAAAGUUAUUUCCUUUUGUAGUAUCAUAAAAAAUCCAGAAUGUUAUGUUCAUCUUAUUACUACUGUGGAAACAGGUUCUAGAUUUCACACUUCAUCGAAAGUCACUUUUC